AUGACCACACGCUAUCGCGUUGAGUCAGAUGCUCUCAAAACCCAUAGGCGAGACCAGUUCAUAGAAUGGAUAAAAGGAUUGCUGGCCGUGCCCUUUGUCCUCUACUCCCAGCCGACGGGCGUCUUUGAGAACCGCGGCGUGAGCGUCACCCGCAUGGCCGAGGAGGCGCACCGGCGAUACGCCGAGAUCAUGCGGGACGUCGAGUACAUGAUAGACGACCACAUCGCCCACCAGAACGAGGAGAACCCGCUGCCGUCCAAGCUCAAGCUCCUGGUCCCCAGCAUAGGGCCCUUCUUCACCCGCCUGCCCCUCGAGGCGGCCUUCAAGUACCAGGACUCGAAGCGGUACAUCUCGUCGCGGCGCUUCGUCUCGCCCUCCUUCAACGACGUCCGCCUGAUCCUCAACUCGGCCCAGAUCAUGGCCGUCACCACCUACGGCAGCCUGCAGCUCGCCACCUUUGACGGCGACGUGACGCUGUACGACGACGGCAAGAGCCUCGAGGCGGACAGCCCCCUCGUACCCCGGAUGCUCGGUCAGUAUUACCCCCCCCCUCCGUCCCUUUCCAUGUCUCUCCCACUCUCAAAAAAACCACCACCACGACGUGAAAAAGCUAACUCAGCCCACCUGCACCGGCGAACAGACCUCCUCCGCAAAAACGUCAAGAUCGGCAUCGUCACGGCCGCGGGGUACACGACGGCGGACCGCUACCACGCGCGGCUGCACGGCCUGCUCGACGCCCUCGCCGCGACCCCGGACCUGACCCCGGCCCAGAAGCGCGGGCUCGUCGUCAUGGGCGGCGAGGCCAACUACCUCUUCCGCUUCGACCCGGACGCCUCGCCGCACCUGCUCUCCGCCGUGCCGCGCGACCGCUGGCUGACGCCCGAGAUGGCCGCCUGGUCCGGGCGCGACAUCGCCGCCCUGCUCGACGUGGCCGAGGCGGCGCUGCGCGACGUCGUCAAGACGCUGCACCUGCCCGCGACGGUCACGCGCAAGGACCGCGCCGUGGGCAUCGUCCAGUCCGACCCCGACGGCCCGCGCAUCCCGCGCGAGUGCCUCGAGGAGACGGUCCUCGUCGUGCAGAAGAUCCUCGAGCUCAGCGCCGCGGGCCGGCAGCGCCGCGUGCCCUUUUGCGCGUUCAACGGCGGGCGGGACGUCUUUGUCGACAUUGGCGACAAGUCGUGGGGCGUGAGCGUGUGCCAGAAGUGGUUCGCCUCCUCCGGGAGCGGGAGCGGGGUUGGCGGUGGGCAGCAGCAGCAGCAGGUCGUGCCGAUCCGGGGCGAGAACACGCUGCACGUGGGCGACCAGUUCCUGAGCGCGGGCGCCAACGACUUCCGCGCGCGCGUCGUGGGCACGACGGCCUGGAUCGCGAGCCCGGACGAGACGGUCGAGUUGCUGGACGAGCUGGCCGGGUUGAUGGGGAAGAAGCUUUCGUGA